AUGCCGAAUAGUCUCUCGGACCUGCUGAAGCGCUCUCAAGAGACGUCGAAGGCGCGCUCUCAGCGGGGGUUAAAGAGGAUUACUCGCCCUUUAAGCCAGCAAUUCAUCCGACCCACGUUGGCCAGUAGGAUUCAAAGUGCGAAAACUGAGCCUAAAACCCCAAAGCGGUUCAAAUUAUCACAGGAACAACCUUGGAUACAAAGUGAUCUCCUGAGCGCUAUCGAAUAUAUCAGUCAAGGCAAAGAUCUUGAUACCAGUGUUUUCACUCCCAUAGAGUCAUGCGGGCCUCAAAUUAAGCAUAUCGAGAAAACUCCUAAGUUAGGAAAUACACUAUUGAACGACGAGUCUCGGUUUGAAGAACCCGAAGAUAUUGUGAUGACAUCACUGGCCGAUGAACAACUCGAUCAACUUGAAGCAGAUUCGAAGAUUAGUUUUACGAAUCAUGAUUGGAACCUGCCCAAGAAUAUGCACAAAGUUGCCCACUCGCCCUCGCACCAGAAAGUCUUUGAUAGUCUGGGUUUGCCUUGGGCUGUGCAAUGGGAGGUGGCAAGGCUGGUUGGUGCCCAUCCCGAACUAUCCUGGGAUGACGUGCCACUGGAAGCUUUGGAGAAACUGUGCGGUUCGUCCUCGGAGUCUGCUCCUCGUGUUGCCGAAGUUCUAUUUGGGAAACACCCCUACUAUAAAGUAAUCAAUGCCCGAGAAAGAACAAUCCACCCUCUAGGCAGUGCCUCGCCUUGGGCCGAGUACGACCAUGAGGAUAUGUUGUUACGUAUCAACUCGGUAGAAAGGCUUGGGUGCGAAGGCACAUAUUUUGGAGGUAAAAUAGACCAAGUUCUAAGGCUAUCGGUACAUACCUCAGGAAAAUUCGAGUUCCAGCUCCAACCUCCCGUGGUGUCGACUUCAUGCCGCUUCAGACGUUACCUUGGGUCGCGUCGCCUUAUUGAAGUUCGAUUCUCUGAGAAGGAGCCGCGUUUGAAACCCCAGGCACUGCGGGAAUAUAUGGUUGAGAAUGCGUUGGUAAUAAAUGGAAGAGUUUUCCGCGCAUUUUACGCCCGAAGAACCAUCGUUUACCUUGUGGAGACGAAUGAAGCGUUGGAUCGACAAGAGGACGAACUAGUAGGAGACCAGUUUCGACUCUCGUUAAGAGAUUUCAUAGAGUGGCAUAACCCACUUUACGCUAACCCGUAUCAGACUCUGAAUAAAUGGUCGUCUCGAUUUGCACUAGGAUUCUCAACGUCUCGGCCAGGUCUUAUGUUUGCACCAAAUGAGAUAUAUUAUCUCCCCGAAACUGUUGCGCCCGGAAAGUCCUCGAAUAGUGCAAUUAUGACGGAUGGGGCUGGCUUUAUUAAUGCUGCUGCAAUGAACCAGCUCACCGCCCAGAUGAAAUGGUCGACCGCUCCGGUGAGCGUUCAAGCUCGGUUUGGUGGAUCAAAAGGACUCUUUAUUCUCCAUCCGAACGAUCGUUUACUUGAUAACCCACCGCGGAUUUACAUUCGCCCGAGUCAAGUUAAAGUAAAGUUGCAUCCGGAUCCUCGACGAUGGUGCGCUUCACAUCGUGUCCUCGAUGUACUUACACGUAAUACAAUGGCGGUGGGCACCCAAGUCACAGAUCAGGUUAUCAUAAAUCUGUCCCAUAACGGAGUCCCCACGACAAUAUUGGACUCAAUGACUCGCACUUAUAUUGAAUCGGCUUCUCUUAUCCCAUACGUGAAAGAGGGCCGAUUCUUGCAGCUUUGGGAAACGAUUUUUACGAGAUCGAAAGUUCAGGAGCUCAUACUUAAAGGAUUGACUCCAGAAUCGAUGGCUCGUGCCCAAGGCUUCAAGUCCAUAGAGAAGGGGCAAGAUUUGCUUGAUGCAAAAUUUACUUACCAACCAGACCCAUAUUCUGGCCACCCUCCAAGUUUCGAAACUCAGGCUUUGGGACUUCUGCAGUCAGGAUUUGAUCUGAAAUUCACGCCGUUGUUCAAUCGGAUUGAAUCGAUCCAGAAAAUGAUCCUUUUUGGAAUGGAUGGGAAGUGCCAUUUGCACAUACCCAAUAGUGCACAAGGAUUCAUCAUACCUGACCCCUUGGGGAUUCUAGAUGUUGGAGAGGUUUUUUGCGGAUUUGGCAGACCAGUUCGAGAUAAUUCAGGCACCGACAUAUCGACAGUCUUAGGGCCUGUUCUUGUCUCGCGAAAUCCCUGCAUAUUACCAUCUGACAUGCGCAAAGUCAUAGCAGUCGAAUGUCCCGAGCUCUGGGCGGCAGGGUACACGGAUGUUAUUGUUUUCUCUGUGAAAGGGGAGCGCUCGCUUGCCAGUAUGCUAGCAGGUGGUGACUAUGAUGGAGAUACAGCUAUCUUGAUUUGGGAAGAAGCUCUCGUUAAUCAAUUCACAAAUUCAGCCACCCAUUUUGCUGAUGUCGAUGUGUCCGACCAUUUUGUCUCAAACCCGAAGCGCAUGGAAGAAAUACCUCCAGAUGACUUUCGUUCAGUACUCAACGCACUGCUCGCACCAUUGAUGCCCAACCAGGUUGGUAUGUAUGGGAAUUGGCAUAUGACCGCAGCAAAGGUACUCGGACUUGACGAUCCAGAGACUGUUCGGCUCGGCAACGUGUUCACGACGUGUUUGGAUGGAGUCAAAACCGGGCUCACAAUUCUUCCUCAAUUUCUUCAAAAAGAUUCAAGAAAGUGGAACAACGUUGACCCUCGGAUCGUUUCUAAACUAUCAGUGAUCGAAGAUCUGAAGCAGGCGCUCGACGUGUAUCGCCAGAAGUGCGAGAACGAAAUAGUUGCGCUCCGGCCCUAUAGACGAUACGACCCCGAUCUUCUGGAGCCUUACAACCGCGAGCGCGAGUUGUGUACGAGAAUCCCAGAACUGAGUCGAGAGCUUGACCAGAUCGUUGCGUUUGUUAACAAGAUGAAGGAAGAGUUCGACAAGGGAGAGUUUUCAAUCGGUAAACGACACGGUCCAGCAAGUUUUGAUAGAAAAACAGAGCCAGGGAAGAAAUACAGUCGAAGACAAAGACAGGAGUCCGAGUGGGCCGCAUCCGAGGCAUACAAUACAGGUUUACCCAAAGGACUCCUUCAUAUUCGAGAUGAGAUGGUCCCUCGCAUCGCAGCGUCUUACGCCUACUCACAAGACCAAGAUUGUUCUCCUGGAUUUGCAUUUGCAGUCGCGUGGUCCCAAUUGUGCAAGAUCAAGGCUGAGAAGAAGGGCCCCAUCACAGCAAUGGAUCCUCAAUUUGGUUCCUUAAUGUGUAUUUCUAAGCGAACAAGGCAACAGCUGGAUCUGAUUGCCCAAUAA